AUUCUUGUAAGCAUUCACGAAGCAUUCCAGACGAACUUCCCGGCUUUCAGUCCAAGAACUGAGGCUUUCUCUCUCGCUCUCACAGCCCGCUUUUCCAAUAGGGCUGCCACUGUUUUUGCACACAGCUGAGCGGUGUGUGAAGUGUUGGAAAGCGAGUCAAAGGAAGCUCUGUCACACGGCUGUCAUAUGCUGUGACUCUCAUUUUCAUUUUAAGUGCUAGUUUGUUAGAUUUUGCCGUCAUGCCGAGGUUGCCCCAUCCACCUUUGAGAAGAUUGAAUUUCGAUGCUGCCGCCCGAGCGCCCGCUGCCACCCAGGGCACCGACAGAGCUGUGCGCGAUGCCGUGAACCCAAACCGCAACGACGCGGCGGAGCCUGCAAACGCUGGCCCUAGAGAUGCGACUCAAGAAAAUGGAUUCGAGAAUAGUACAGGCGGCUGCCGCAUCCGCAAGGAGUUAGCCAAAAUGUCGAGCAAGCCGACGGAGGGGUGCACAGUGGAGUUGGUGGACGGCUCUAUCUACACCUGGAGCGCCGUUAUUCUAGGCCCCUCGAACACGCCCUAUGAGGGCGGGCACUUUACGCUGGAAAUAAGAUUUCCGCGCAGCUACCCGUUCAAACCACCGAUUCUUACAUUCCGCACUAAGGUGUAUCACUGCAACAUAGACAAUGGCAAUAUCUGUGUGGACAUUCUGAGCUCAGCCUGGUCGCCGUCCCUGACCGUGGAGAAGAUUCUGCUCUCCAUCCAAUCGCUGCUGUCGGACCCCAAUUGCUACAGCCCCCUGAAUUCCGACGCGGCCGCAAUGUACAAGAAAGACCGCGAGCAGUACGACCGCUUGGCACGCGAGUGGACCGAUCGCUUCGCCAAGCCUGUCGCCCCCACUCCCCCACAAACACCUCCACAAUAGAUGGACCACAUUUUCAAAACGGAUGGCUGGCACUAACCAACACCUACCACACCCCAUACCCCAUACCCCAUACCCCAUAUCAAACAUACGAGCAUGAGAACAUAAUACAAAUGAAUUGCUGUGCAUUGUUGGCGUCACACAUCGCACAAGA